AUGGGGGACCACUCUACGGAAGCAAUAAAUGUUCACUCCGAGGACGAGCGGAAACCUUCACUAUCCGCCUUGGAUGCGGAUGAGCAGGCCACGCGUCGGACAAUUAUGAUCAAGCCUCUACCGGAAUUCGGUCCAAAGCGACCGAUGCCCGACCACCUCGUUGAUAUCCUCGAGGAAUGGCACAAGGAGAAUGGACGUCAGCCCCCGCACUGCGCAUAUGCAAACAACAGAGGAACGUACAAGUGGAAGGUCUUUGACCGGGAGGGCAAGGAGUUGGAACUUUCAAAAUUCGAGAUUGUCUCUCCCUGCCCAUACUACGUCCUUGUGCUGCAUUCGCCUGACUUCCCGGAGAAGCUGGUCAGAAGCCGUUGGCCGCACGGGACGAAGUACGGAAGUUUCCUGAUCGCGUGGCAGGGUGUGGCCAAAGGAUUCGAGGCCAAAUGCUGUGCCAUUCGUUGUUUCGCUCCGAAACUGGAGGAGAUCACUUACACUCAGGAUAUCUGGAAGGUCCCAAUCCCCGAUCUGGACCGAGAGGGUGAGGGUAUCAAGGAGAAGCCACUGUCAGUAGCGGCGGCUCCAUCUCAGCCGCGCGUACGAAACAGGGCACAAGAGCGGGAGCGAGAAAAGGAGCCGGAAAAGAGGAAGAGGGUGAGCCGCCCCAAGCGCGAGGUCGCGACCAGCAAUCCGAACUCUGGGGAUGCUUCAGAGUCAUCUGAUGAAACGGACUCGUCGGCUGAGGAAUCCUCCGACGCUUCAUCAUCGUCCGAAGAGGAGGAAGAGGAAAACGUCUCUUCACCAAUGGCAAAGAGGCGCAGGCUCCAACAACAAACAUCUAAUUCUCUAGCAAGGACACGCAAGGCGACCAACCCGGCCAAAGCAACAAACACGGCCAAGGUGACUUUCAAGCUUGUCUCCUACAGAUCGGGCGCUAUUCGCGCCUUUCCCCUAAACGAAUGCAAGACUGGGAAAGAUCUCUUCGAAAAGGCACGGGCAUUUUUCCGACUAUUCGACAGAAACGUCGAUGUCAAGAUACUUUCGUGCCAGAUAUCGUCUGAGCGUGCACAACAUUUUCUUUUCGGCAGCGAGGGCGAAUUUGAGCUUCUCAUUCAACACGCCAAGGACAGCAAGAGCACAGAAGAUGGAACAGUUACCAUUGAAGUGAACCAUGUUUUGGAACCUUGA